UAAUGCUGAGCAGGAAGUGGCUGUCAACGCCUUCGCUGUCGCUGGAAAGUGAAUGAAAAUGCUACUGCGUGUUUGAGAGACAAACAGCACCUUUAAAAAAAAAUUUUACUAACUACAUUUUUAAUAACAGGAAAUUCCUCGUUUUUAAUGAACAUGCGGCUCAGUGCGACCUGCGCGCUCCUGGGACUUUGGUUUUUGACGGUCUUCGAAUCAUCAGAAUGCCUACAGAUGGUGCGACCAGACAAAGGCUCGACAGUGACGGUGUCCACCGAGUUGGAUGAAUGUACUGUGUGUACAGUCAGCGGGGGGAAUGACACACAGACAUGCCAAUCUUUUCUGUCUCUGGUACCUGAGGAAGAGGUCCAACUGUUGUUCAAGUGCAACCAGCCCAUUGAACAGGCAUAUAGUGUGAUGAUUAAUCGGACCAUUGAGUGCACUAAGGACGCCUGCAGCCCUACAACAGUAGAAACUCAACCCUCCAUCCUAACAGAGUUCACCAGAACCUUCACAUGGGAGCUGAAGGCACCUGAGAAGACAACUGUGAGUCUGGACAUCCUCGGAGAGGGACUGAUGGCGACGUCACAGCAGUGCCCUAAUGGAUUUCAGUAUUCGGUGGCCACAUCUAAAACAAAUAGCAAGGGCCACACUCAGUAUUGUCAAGGUGGUUCUGUGACUCGUCUAGACCUGCCCAAUGAAGCUGUUGUGUCUCUGCAAGUCAGUCCAAAGAUUCAGGUCCAAUCUGUGUUGUUCCAGGCCUCCGCUGGACCGUUAAAGGGCCGAACAGUGGUUUUAAGUGUUGAUUCCAGCACAACUGUGAUUGUUAGCCGGGAUCCUCAGGAACCAGAAUGUGAAGUGUGCUCUGGCGAUGGCUCCACUUCCAAAUGUAGCCCUACAGAAAAGACACUGACGAACGUUGAAAAACUGUUGCUAGAGUUCAGCUGCCCAAAACCUCAGGAUGUUUACAGUGUGAAGAUGAAGAAGAGAAUAGAAUGCACCAAGAGCUCCUGCACUCCUGCUGCAGGAGAGGUUGAUCCCAACCUCUUCAAGGACUUUAGAAGAUCCUUAACAUGGGACAUUACUGUACCAGAGGCCACUGUAUUAACUUUGGACUUUGCUGGUGAUGGAUUAAAGGAGAUAUCUGGAGCAGAAAAUUGCCAAAAUGGCUACCAGUACUCAGUGAGUACAACUAAAAGUGACGGAAAGAUCAAAACUAACAGCUACUGCGAGGGUGGGAUAUUGUCUCAUCUUGAACUGGUUGGAGUGACGACUGUGACUGUAGAACUGCCCAAAGAAGGAGAACUGAACUCACCAGCAUUCACUGUCAACGCAGCACCUAGAGGUGGCAGGAUUUUGUUGGUGACCCCUGAUCCGAACACCUCCAUUAUCAUCAGCAGAGUGACCACCGAGCCUGACUGCAGUGUGUGUAUGAAGGAAGGAUCUGGAAAGACAUGCAAACAGACACAAAUUACCCUUAAAAAAUAUAGCAACAUCUCGGUAGAGUUUACCUGCCCUCGGCCUCAGGAUGUCUUCAGUGUGGUGAUCAACAGACAGAUUGCCUGCGCAGAGAACUCCUGUUCUGGUAACAUUGUUCAGGCCGAGUCCUCACUGUUCCCUGACUUCAACCGAACCUUCACCUGGGAUGUGAAAGUUGUUCCCACCCGGGCCUUCCAACUGGACUUCCCAGAAAUGGGAAUGCGACAGAUUCCUAAUGGGGAGAUCUGUCCAGAUGAGCACACAUACUCUCUUGUUACCUAUCUGCGCAUGGGGCCAGCAACCAUUGGCACUUUUUGCAGAGGAGGAACUGUGACUACCAUCCUGCCUCGCUACAAGGGCCGUAUUUCUCUACACGUGCCUGCGGACAGGAAGCUGUAUCCUGUUGACUUCAAACUCACUGUUGGGCCUGAGACCACCAUGGUGGCCAUAGUGAAAGUCAACCUUCCACGUGGUGUAUCAGACACAGACUUCAUCACAGCCAACUAUCCUAGUGAUUUCCCUGAUAACCAGCAGAUGCAGUGGGACUUCACUGUGCCCGGCAUGCACAACUACACGAUUCUCUUCCGUGAUCACACAGCUCCAGAAUGCCUCAACAAUCAAGUGGAGGUGGAGUACCAGAAAGAGGGCAAGAAGGUGACCCAACUGACCCUAACGGAACCACAGCCGGAGCAUCAGCAGGGCAACUUCAACAUGGUGCUGAAAAAUUGUGAAACCAACAAGACGCUACAAGGACUGACCUUGAACUACAGAGUCUCUGUAAUGAGGAUUGGUCAUCCAGUUCUGUGUACAGUGGAACUAACCAAACAACAAGGGGUAUCUCUGCAGAUAGAGAAAGUGGGUUCUGAUCCCUAUUGUGAGAUGAGCAUCAACUCGAAGGUUGACAAGAAGAUAAACGUGGCAGCUGGUACUAAUGCCCGCCUCUCUUUCAUUGACUGUCCAAAUGAAGAUUUGCGUCUGACUGCCAAUAAAGAUAUUGCGUGCCAAAAUGUGGCGUCAUGCUCUGCGACUGUCCUCACGGUGCCCCAACUGGAUUCCUGUCUGCCAAUGUCCCUCACCAGCUUCACCUGGCACCUCAACAUCCCUGAGGACAGCACAGUGAAUCUGGAGUCGCCCAAAGGGAGUCUCCGACAGUCCCUGCGCGGCCAGGAGUGUAAUCAGUCGGUCUCCCUGCAUGUGGCAGAGGACGAUGGGUUUGCUGUUGGAGAUUUCUGCUAUAAUGGAGACAUCCAGAAGGUUCAGGUGCACGCCAACAUCUCCAUCACAGCCACAGCCCAGGACUUCAGCAAGACCACGGAGCCUUUUCUCAAUGUCAGCUUCAGUCAGGAGUUCUCAGAGACCAUUAUUUACAGAGUCAGUCCGAUGACGACGUCGCCGACCUUGCUGGCCACCCCCAACUGGCCUCAGGGUAUGAGGCCUUCCUCCACCAUAUCCUGGAUUGUUACUCUACCGAGCCAGUACCAGGCACACGUUCAGUUUGUCAACGUCAGCCAGCCCAAAUGCAGCGACUGGCACACCAGCAUCAACGUGCAGAUGCUGGGGUCCAAGGAGGAGCUCAUGAGCCGCAGAGAGGAUGAGCCGGUGGAAGAGAAGCUGUUGGUGCCACAGAGUUUCUAUAUCAACAUGUCCAACUGUAUACCAGAGGACGGACACUUUGGUGCAAUGACCAAAAUUAUUCUGGAGAGGAAGACCAAUCUCUUGGCCAUCAUCCUCGGCAUAGCGGGAGCUCUUUUGCUUUUGCUCAUAGUGCUGACUGUAGUAUGUGUCACAAAGAAAAAGAAGAAAGACAGGAAGAACAAGGAGUCAUCCAUCUACUUGGGCAAAGGGAACAUCUUCCGCCCAAGUGACAGGCACUUCACCACAAGCCGGUCGGAAAACGAAUACCAUGUCUACAACUCUAUAGACGAGAACAUGGUGUACAGCCACCUGCUGGAUGACUCCAACUACCCGGGCAGCAUGCAGGACUUCAAAGGUGCACAGGUGGACUCCUAUCAAACAUUUACGGGCCCCACUGACAGAGAGUUGCCUGUAAUCAAAGAACCGGACCACGAACCCGAGAUGGACCAUUACAAGCCGUUCACGACCAUGUCUGAGACUUUCAUCCCGUCCCGUCCACACACUCCUAUUGGGCGGGAGGACAGCCUCGGGUUCCAGGACCGCAGGAUGAUGGACAACGAACUGUACACAUUCAAGAGCACAGGAUAUAUAAACACGAUCCGGCUCUCUGGCACUGACCUGGAACCACAGCCACCAACAACAGAGGAGUCCUUAUAGUGUGUCAGGACUGUAACUGCCCGAUGGACCACUGUUACUAAAUUCUCGUUACAGCCCUGAGUAUCUCUGGACUGCACCGAUGUGAACUCCUGUGCCUCGGCCACACUCAGGGAUUCUGAGUUAGAUGAGCUUCUGAAUGCGAUGUGUAUGUUGUCUUUAUCAGGACUCAGACAUUUCUAAAGCUUCAAGAGUAGAAGCUGUGAUCCUCUACUUUUAAAGAGGUUUGGCAUUUGGGGAGAUACUUUUUGCUGAGAGUUAGAUUAAAUGAAAUGUCUGUGAAGAUUCUAUGUCAUCCAGGUCAUGGAGGUCCAGAGGUAACCCACCUAACAACACCUCUAAAGCUCAUUAAUUAACACAUUAUGUCUGUUUAAUCUGUACAGUGACCUCCUGUAGUCUUGUCGUCACAUUAAGAGACUCUAGGAUGUCACUGCUUAUGGCCAAGAGAUAGCCGGCCAAAACAUAACCUUAACUUUGUUUUUUAUAUUGAUCAAACAAAUGGGAUUUAACAUAUUUAUUAGUGAGAUUUAGAGGUGCUGGAUUUUGUUAGCUAGCUGUUUCCCAUUUCCAGCAUUUGUGCUAAGCUAACUCUCAGCAAAAAAGCAGCAAAAAUGUCAAAUGAUUUCUUGAAUGUUUGAUGUGUUUAGUUUUAUGAAAUCUUGCCUCAUUCUCACGUGGCACUGACUCACGAGCAGGGACUAUGGAAAAACGUGCAAGCACCUCUGGUCCUGUGUUUUUACCUGUUUUUUGCAAUAAAUACUAGGAAAAUGGCCUGAUGAGGAAAUGGUUUACUUCUUGAGGUAUUUGCUGCCAUCACACUCCAUUUUCUUUCUUAAGCUGAAAAAAGAAAUCACCUUUUGCAUUCUGGAUGGUGAAAACAGCUUCCACCGCAGGAACUCUGGCCAUGAAAAAUAAUGUGAAGGAGGGUGUGGAAGACUGUAGCCAAUGUUUAUCAUAGAAAAGUGUUUUUUACUGGAAACCACAAUUGCAGAAGCCAGGUUUACAUAAUUGCGCCACAUUUCUUGCAGAUGUAGGUUUAAAAAAUGUUAAAUAAACUUGAGACUUUUUACA